CGUGAUUAUAGCACAGAAUACAUUAUAUUUAUUCUGUAAUUGUAGUAACAUUCUGUGGUAGUAAUAAAAUUAUUAUCACAGAAGCAGAACUGAUUUCAACUAUUCUGUGUUAUAUAAUCUAAAAAAUUCUAUAUAAAUCUUUACUGCACUAGUUCACUAAUUAUUGUAUGAUGUGCCAUUUGUUUUUAAUUUUAAAUAUAGUAUUAUUGUUUUAACUAAACUCGAUCUAUUUUAUAAAAUAGACAAUUUGAUAAUUAUGUUAACUGAAGUGGAAAAUAAUGACAAUAAUAAAAAUCCGCCAUCUUCAGCAGUUGAAGAAAUUAAGUUUACUGAGAGAAUGAGAAAGGCUACAAGAAAAGAACAUCGAAUUAGUGAUGCCUUAAUUAAUGCAAAAAUGACUAUUGGUAUGACAGAUAGCAAAGUAUGGGUAGAAGGAUUACGACGAUUUUAUGUUGUAUACCAGUAUCUAGAGAUUGCAAUGAAAAAAGAAGAAAAUUAUAAUUUGCAUAAAUUUGGACAAAUUAAUGGUUUAUUUCGUACACAACCAUUUGAAAGCAGCUUAAAACAUUAUCUAGGAGAUAAAUGGCCAUCUGGAAUAACUAAAGCUAUGGCUGAAUAUUCAAACUACUUAAUAAGUUUAGAAAAUGAAAAUCAUGUACUAUUAUCACCAUUUAUAUAUCAUAUGUACAUGGGCAUUUUAUCUGGUGGUCAAAUACUGAUGGCUAAACAAAGAAUGGCCUUCUCAGAUGGAAAAGGAUCUGAAGCAUUUUACUUUGAUAUUAAUGUAAGAGAAGCAAAGAAUCAACUACGGAAUGAAAUGAACUCUUUAGCAGAAAAAUUAGAUGAUGAAACAAAACUUAGAUUAUUAAAAGAAAGUAAAAUGGUAUAUUUAUUGAAUAAUAAAUUAGUAAAAGAAGUUAAAGUUCCUACUGAAAUUUUGUUAAUCAAGUUAAUAUUUGUAAUUGGGAUUUUUAUUUUAGUUAUCUUAUUAUGGAAGGUAUCAAAAAAGUUUCUUAUGGUUUUGUUUUAGUUAAAUAAUAACUGGUAUUAAAUUGGUUUUAAGUUUAGUUUGAUAAACCAAUUUUAAUUA